AUGGAGUCGUCACGCGGCCCGCCAAGGGUCAAGAACAAGGCUGCCGCGCCUAUCCAGAUUUCCGCCGAACAGUUGCUACGCGAGGCUCAGGACAGGCAAGAGACGACUCUGAAAGCACCUACCCAGCGUUUUGCCGACUUGGAGGAGCUCCAUGAGUUCCAGGGUCGUAAGCGGAAGGAGUUUGAGGACUAUGUGCGGCGGAAUCGAAUUAACAUGAACAACUGGAUGCGAUAUGCGCAAUGGGAACUUGAGCAAAAAGAGUACAGGAGAGCGCGUUCCAUAUUCGAACGUGCUUUGGAUGUCGAUGCGACAUCUACCAUUCUCUGGGUUCGAUAUGUCGAAGCCGAAAUGAAGAAUCGAAACAUUGCCCACGCCCGCAACCUUCUGGAUCGUGCUGUUUCCAUCCUGCCAAGGGUCGACAAGCUUUGGUACAAAUAUGUCUACAUGGAGGAGAUGUUGGGCAACAUACCCGGCACGAGGCAGGUGUUUGAACGCUGGAUGGAGUGGGAACCAGAUGAGGCUGCCUGGAGUGCAUACAUCAAGCUCGAGAAGCGCUAUGGUGAGUUUCAGAGAGCACGCGACAUCUUUCAGCGAUUUACGAUUGUCCAUCCGGAGCCACGCAACUGGAUCAAAUGGGCCAAGUUUGAAGAAGAGUUUGGGACCAGUGACCUGGUAAGAGAGGUGUACGCGUCCGCCAUCGAAGCGCUCGGGGACGAGUUCACAGACGAGAAGCUUUUGAUUGCCUGGGCCCGCUUCGAGGCCAAGCUGAAGGAGUACGAGCGCGCUAGAGCUAUUUACAAGCAUGCGCUGGACCGUCUCCCCCGGUCCAAGUCUAUGAACCUCCACAAGGCUUACACGACGUUUGAGAAGCAAUAUGGCGAUAAGGAAGGCGUGGAGGACGUGGUUCUGUCAAAACGCAGAAGGCUAUAUGAAGACCAGAUCACACAGAACCCCAAGAACUAUGAUAUAUGGUUCGACUACGCGCGUCUUGAGGAGACAUCAGGAGACGUGGACCGGGUGAGGGACGUUUAUGAAAGAGCGGUUGCCCAAAUCCCGCCAACCCAGGAGAAGCGACACUGGCGCCGUUACAUCUACCUAUGGGUGUUUUAUGCGCUGUGGGAAGAAAUGGAAGCCAACGACGUCGACCGGGCAAGGCAAAUAUACAAGCUGUGUCUUGAUUUGAUCCCCCACAAGAAGUUCACAUUUGCCAAGGUCUGGUUGCUAAAGGCGCAGUUCGAGAUCCGCCAGGGACAGUUGACUACUGCACGAAAGACACUAGGACAAGCUAUCGGCAUGUGCCCCAAGGACAAGCUGUUCCGAGGCUAUGUGGAGCUCGAGAUGAAAUUGUACGAGUUUGUACGAUGCCGCACUCUGUACGAGAAGCACAUUGAGUGGAACCCAACAAACUGUCAAACAUGGAUCAAGUUUGCAGAGCUUGAGCAGAGCUUGGACGACCUCGAACGCGCAAGAGCCAUAUACGAGCUAGCUAUCGCUCAGGAUACAUUGGAUAUGCCGGAACUCCUCUGGAAAGCAUACAUUGACUUUGAGGAGGGUGAAGGAGAAUAUGAGAAGACUCGUGAACUUUACGAGCGACUCCUUGACAAGACGGAUCACGUCAAGGUCUGGAUCAGCUUCGCGCAUUUCGAGCUCAACAUUCCAGAUGCAAACGAAGGUGGUGGCGCCGACGGAGAGACCGAGGAAACAACGAAAAGCGAGGAGGCAAAGGAUCGCGCCAGAAAGGUGUUCCUACGUGCGCACAAGCGCAUGAAGGACCAAGACCUGAAGGAGGAGAGGGUGUCGUUAUUGAACUCUUGGCUCUCAUUCGAGCGCACCUAUGGAUCCGCAGACGAUAUUGAAAAGGUGCAAAAGCAGAUGCCGAGGCGGACUAGACGCAGACGCAGACUGGAAGAUGAUACCUUUGAGGAGUACAUCGACUAUGUGUUCCCGGCCGACGACGAGCAGAAACAGGACUUGUCCAACAUGCUGGCAAUGGCACAAGCAUGGAAACAACAAGGUGGUGCUGCCAGUUGA